AUGAGCAAACAAAGCGCACAACUCGAGCGGUACAGGGGCAGGGAAACCGAUGACUAUUCAAGUGACUCAGAUGUCUAUAGUGAUAAUAUAUCUGAAAGUGGAUCAGAGAAUUGCAGUGACUAUGGUUCCGACUAUGAGUCAGAUACCGAAACAAGUACUAUUAAGCCUCCAAUACCCCAACCCCCUAAAGUAGAAGAACUAAUGUCUAAUACGACAUAUUCCACAAAGCAAGUGAGCCCCACAUAUUCCAAAAGGCAAGAAAGAUUCGAUGAUAAAUUUACACAAAAAGAUGUGAUGAAUAAAAUCCGUGAAAUCGUUUCUUUACCUACCAGAGAUAUGUCGAACAAUAAAGGAUCAUUAGAAGAUAUACAUUUAUGGGACUAUCUCUUACCUAAUUACGGAGCAAAAGAAGGAAUUAGUCUGCUUGAUGCAUAUACAUGGGGGGAGUUAGCAGAUAAAUUAGUUAUACAGGUAGAACAAGAAAAAAUGGAAGCUGAAAACGUUAAUACUAAAAAUGAUUGGUAA